GUUAUGAACACUGACAUCGACGACAACUUGCUUGAUACUGUGGUGCACUGUGGUGUCCUAUUUCUAUGCCAAUGCGUCCACCAUUUUACGAAAACAUUUGAUGGUCGUGUCGGCUCGCAACACGAAUAUUGGCAACGAAACCGAAUCUCGAUAUCUGAAUUCACGGUAAACGUAUGUUAGUAUAAUUCUAUGCAAAGGUUGAAGCACGUGGCACAAGAAAAUUGGAAAGAAGUCAAAGUCUAAGCAUAGAAUAUCUGGCUCGAGGAUGUGAAAGCAAAUGGUGGCUUUUGAAAACCGAGCCAGGACGCUUGCGUGGUGUAGAUUUAGUCGGUGCUGAACCAGAGCCACAGAUAGGAGUAGCGAUAUGUCCAAUUGGUGGAUUCGAUAGCUGCCACACUACUUCGGCUGUUUACUGUGUAAUGAGUUUCUGCAGCGAAUGGACAUCUCGUGUGUUUUUCCCCUGCAGAAUGGGAUUUGUUGAGUGAAAGCAUGACUGCGUGCACUAGAUAAAGAGGCCCCAGGACACUGGGAUUUUCGUUCGGUGGUAGUUUUUACAGUUUUAGAAUGGGUAAUCCGAAUGGAUCGUGUUGGUGGUGCUUGAAGGCCAUCAAGUGGAUACCCGUUAUCUUUAUCCUGACAAUCGUCUUCUGGUCGUACUACGCUUAUGUGGUGCAACUCUGUUAUUAUACAAUAGACAGCUAUGUUCAGAAAGCUUUCUACCUGUUUUUCUUUCACAUCCUGUUCCUACUGUUUUUAUGGUCGUACUGGCAGACUGUAUUCACAGAGUUGGUAGGAGUCCCAGAUAAGUUUAAAAUACCGGCCACGGAAAUGGAGAAUUUGCUCCAUGCCGAGAGCGACGAAGCACAGAGACAGGUACUCGAGAGGUUCGCUCAGGAUCUUCCAGUAACAAAUCGAACUAUCAAAGGAGCGAUACGGUUCUGCGAGAAGUGCGUUCUAAUAAAGCCAGACAGAGCGCAUCACUGUAGCGUCUGCGGGACCUGCGUUCUCAAAAUGGACCACCACUGUCCUUGGGUCAACAAUUGCGUGGGUUUCCACAAUUACAAGUUCUUCAUGUUGUUCCUGGCUUAUGCCCUCCUUUACUGCGUCUACAUCGCAGCAACCUCCUUGCAAUAUUUCAUACGUUUUUGGAAGGUAAACACUAUGGAUGAUUAUGAAUUCGCUGACAAAUAUCAAUGUCAGCAGCAGCCAGAGAAGGCGACAAUUUUAACGAAGGAACGUUUCUUUCGACAGGGUGAAUUGGAGGGAAUGGGUAGGUUUCAUCUGCUCUUCUUGUUCUUUGUCGCGCUCAUGUUCGCGGUUAGCCUCACCUCUCUCUUCCUUUACCAUUGUUACCUAAUACUGCACAACAGAUCAACGCUUGAGGCAUUCAGGCCACCCAUGUUCAGAACGGGAAAGGACAAGGAUGGCUUCAGCCUUGGGAAAUAUAAUAAUUUUCAAGAAGUCUUUGGCGACGAUUCGCGACUUUGGUUCCUUCCAAUUUUUACUAGUCUUGGGAACGGAGUGAUCUUUCCCGUACGCUCUCAACACCAGGGUGGUCCGAACACUUACGACUCCAUGGGCAGUACUCAGAACAGCUUUGGAGACGGUGUCACCUUUCCUGAGAGACUCUGCGACGAAGACACACACACUCUCCUGGGCAGUGCGGCCCAGCGAUGGCCCGACGAGACUGAGUUCGAUUCCCCAGGACUCUCUGGCUCUCGUUCUUCAGCACCGCUGUCGUAGGUCCUACGGCUGAAGUCAGCGAGCCUCUGGUGAACAACUCUGUGGAGGCCCACGUCUGAUUCUGACAGGACUUCGUCUUCGCCAGCCGAGAUUAUCCCUCUCUCACUCUCUCCAACUGAUCGAAUUCUUCGAGCGUAAGGCGCCACCCUUCCUAACUGUGCGCAAACUUUCGGCUAGCAGGGAUGCAGCAACACGUCGUGCUCUUAAGAAUCCUGUCUCUCACUUUAUAAGAUAAUCAAGCAUUUUUCACAUUUUUUACUUUUUCACGAGUCUGGUUCACUCCCUUUAAUUAUUUUUCCCGUGAUCGUGCUAGAGGACAUCUCCAAUUGUUGCGAAGACGCGCAAAAGUUGCAUCUGCAGCGAGAGGAUGCAGGAGACCUACAAAAGAGAAUUUAUUUAGUUAGCUUAGGAAUUGUCUUUUAAGUAGAGUAAUACAGAGAUGAAUAGGUCUUACCUACUUAAAACUUGACUUAAGACUUGCAGCAAGACUAUAUGCCGACUAUACAUCCAUAGUUAGAUAUUUAAUUAAAGUUGCACCACAUUCGACACAUCUUACUCAUUAGAUUGAUACGAGACUCCUUCAAGUCCUUCCGGGCUGCAGUGCAGCUUCCAGUCUGCGCACAUACUGCACGCACCUUGUGAGGUUCAAAAGGAAAGACGUAAAGAUAAGUCCAGGAUCUUAUUUGGUCUGGAGUUGCAACAGGACAAUAAUAAGAUAAAAUAAUAGAUUAACGUCCGAUGGAUUGUAAGAACUUUGGAAUAUGACGAAGCUGAAUAAAAUCUCAUAAGAAUCCA